AAAGUCGACUAUAUAAAAAAUAAACCAGGGACAUGCUACCGUAAGAAGUAACAUAACAAGUGGCAUGGACAGAGUCCUUCACGUUAACCCAUUUCCCCCUCCAAAUGACAAACAAGAGGAAUGCUCUCAUAGGGUUCACAAAGCAGUAUUAUUCUUACAUACCCACACACCUUCAACAAUGAUGCUUAUACUAUUCAUCACAGGCGUCCUUUAUGUUGGCUGCACCCAAUACCAGUAUCACUUUGUGAGCAGUAGAAUGAACUGGACCGAAGCACAGAGUCACUGCAGAGGCACAUACACUGACCUGGCCACUGUUUGUAGUGAGAGCGAUGUAGACAGAAUGACGGCAAAUAUCCCACAAAAUUUUAUAGGAGCUGCCUGGAUAGGAUUAGAGAAGGGGGAAGUGCAGAGAUGGCAGUGGUCCUUUGCAGACAAGGAUUUUUAUACCGGUGAUGACUUAAACUUCCGCAACUGGAGGAGUAGGCAACCAACAACUUCAAUGGAGGACAGGUGUGCUGUUUUUGAGCCUGAUGGUCAAUGGUUUGAUGACAGCUGCAGCACUCAGAGACGCUUUGUGUGUUUUAAUGAGAGUGCAGUGGGAAAUAUGAAGUAUGUUUUGAUCAAGGAGAAAAAGACUUGGCGAGAUGCACAGAGGAUUUGCAGAGAGGAACACACUGACCUGGUCAGUGUGAGGACUGCAAUAGAGAAUGAGGCCAUAAGAACAGAGGCAAACGGUCAGGUGUGGAUCGGCCUUUUCAGCGACCCCUGGGUGUGGUCGGACCAAGCCAACAACUCCUUCCGCUUCUGGGAACCAAACCAACCCAACUAUUUCGGAAACAUAAAGGAAUGUGUUGUUACCAGAUUUAAUAAUCACACACAGAUAUACCAGUGGAAUGACAUUAGAUGUGAUGUCAAUCAGGCUUUUUUUUGCUACGGUGAUGUGGAUGAGGAAAUUACGCCAACGGUUACUUCAGAUCCCCUGAUAGGUGCCACUUACUCCACUGGCAGUGCUGACCAAAGCACAACUCCUGCUCAUACACACCACACUAUCCACAAUGCAGCUACAGCUAAGACACACACACAUGUAGCCACAAUCUCAGGCAGCACAUCCUCCACAAGCACAAUAACAACUACAGCUACAGAACUAACCAGUACUCUGAGUAAUACAGACACUACACACAACGCAGAACCAGUCAUAUCUACAGUUACACACUCAACAGACUCCACAACUACAGACUCCACACACACUCAAUACACAAGUGGGGCUGUCACAAACACUACACACAACGCAGAACCAGUCACAUCUACAGGUAUCACACACUCAACAGACUCCACAACUACAGACUACACACAUACUCAAUACACAAGUGGGGCUGUCACAAACACUACACAACGCAGAUUCCACUACACACAACGCAGAACCAGUCACAUCUACAGGUAUCACACGCUCAACAGACUCUACACACACUCAAUCCACAAGUGGGGCUGUCACAAACACUACACACAACGCAGAUUCCACUACAGCUAUCUCCUACACACAUGUAGCCACAAUCUCAGGCAGCACAUCCUCCACAAGCACAAUAACAACUACAGUUACAGAACUAACCAGUACUCUUAG